UCCGAGGCCUAGUUAAACACCAAAGCCGUCUCUCACACUGGGGGUUCCACGAUAAAGCCUCGGCCUGGGGCCUGGUCUGCAAGUUAGGCGCCGGCCGCAGCUCGCAGGAGGACCCGAGCCAGCCCGCCCCUUCCCGCACGGCCUGCUGGGAGUUGUAGUUCAGUCGUCGGAGAACCGCGCCGAGCCCCGCCCCAGAUGAGUGCGCAGUAUUAGGACGGCUGGCCGGGACCCAGUGAGCGCAGGACUACAAUUCCCAAAGGACCGUAGCACCCAGCGCCCCGCCAACAGGUGAUGCCAUGGAGAGCAGCAAGCCUGGUCCAGUGCAGGUUGUUUUGGUUCAGAAAGAUCAACAUUCCUUUGAGCUAGAUGAGAAAGCCUUGGCCAGCAUCCUCUUGCAGGACCACAUCCGAGAUCUUGAUGUGGUGGUGGUUUCAGUGGCUGGUGCCUUCCGAAAGGGCAAGUCCUUCAUUCUGGAUUUUAUGCUACGAUACUUAUAUUCUCAGAAGGAAAGUGGCCAUUCAAAUUGGUUGGGUGACCCAGAAGAACCGUUAACAGGAUUUUCCUGGAGAGGGGGAUCUGAUCCAGAAACCACUGGGAUUCAGAUCUGGAGUGAAGUUUUCACUGUGGAGAAGCCAGGUGGGAAGAAGGUUGCAGUUGUUCUGAUGGAUACCCAGGGGGCAUUUGACAGCCAGUCAACUGUGAAAGACUGUGCUACCAUCUUUGCUCUAAGCACUAUGACUAGUUCUGUUCAGAUUUAUAAUUUAUCCCAGAACAUUCAAGAAGAUGAUCUUCAACAGCUGCAGCUCUUCACAGAAUACGGUCGUCUGGCAAUGGAUGAAAUUUUCCAAAAGCCUUUCCAGACACUGAUGUUUUUGGUUAGAGAUUGGAGUUUCCCUUAUGAAUAUAGCUAUGGACUCCAAGGAGGAAUGGCAUUUUUGGAUAAGCGUUUACAGGUGAAGGAACAUCAACAUGAAGAAAUUCAGAAUGUUCGAAAUCACAUUCACUCAUGUUUCUCCGAUGUCACCUGCUUUCUCUUACCACAUCCAGGACUCCAGGUGGCCACAAGCCCUGACUUUGAUGGGAAAUUAAAAGAUAUUGCUGGUGAAUUCAAAGAGCAGUUACAGGCACUGAUACCGUAUGUAUUAAACCCAUCUAAGUUAAUGGAAAAGGAGAUCAAUGGCUCAAAGGUCACCUGUCGGGGACUACUGGAGUAUUUUAAGGCAUAUAUUAAAAUUUAUCAAGGAGAAGAUCUGCCUCACCCCAAGUCCAUGCUUCAGGCCACUGCUGAAGCCAACAACUUAGCAGCUGCAGCCUCUGCCAAGGACAUUUAUUAUAACAACAUGGAAGAGGUUUGUGGGGGAGAGAAACCUUAUUUGUCUCCAGACAUUCUAGAGGAGAAGCACUGUGAAUUCAAACAACUUGCUCUGGACCAUUUUAAGAAGACCAAGAAGAUGGGUGGGAAGGAUUUCAGCUUUCGUUACCAGCAGGAGCUGGAGGAGGAAAUCAAGGAAUUAUAUGAGAACUUCUGCAAGCACAAUGGUAGCAAGAACGUCUUCAGCACCUUCCGAACCCCUGCAGUGCUGUUCACGGGCAUUGUAGCUUUGUACAUAGCCUCAGGCCUCACUGGCUUCAUAGGUCUUGAGGUUGUAGCCCAGUUGUUCAACUGUAUGGUUGGACUACUGUUAAUAGCACUCCUUACCUGGGGCUACAUCAGGUAUUCUGGUCAAUAUCGUGAGCUGGGCGGAGCUAUUGAUUUUGGUGCCGCAUAUGUGUUGGAGCAGGCUUCUUCUCAUAUCGGUAAUUCCACUCAGGCCACUGUGAGGGAUGCAGUUGUUGGAAGACCAUCCAUGGAUAAAAAAGCUCAAUAGCAUCUUAACGUGAAGAUCAAACAAGAACACAACGAGCCCCUACUGAUUUCUGGGUUUCUGCCACGGCCACAGGUUCACAUCCAGAGGAAUGGCAGAUCUGAGACGAUCCAGGAAGAGCUAAAACAUGGCCCUGUAAUAAAUGAGCAGACCUCUCCUGUGGUUUCAAAUUAUUAAACACACUUCCAUUUCUCUUGGAAGCAUUUCUUUUCCUUGCUGUUAUAGAUGCAAGCCUGUGUCUAUUUUCAUAUUACUCUGCUUUGUGCACUUUAUGGAGGAGGAAGCUAGAGGAAAAAUGGAAAUGCAGCUUUUAAGUUCUUUAUGUGCCACUUAGUGCCUUUUAAGAUUGAUUCCGGCCGGGCGCGGUGGCUCACGCCUGUAAUCCCAGCACUUUGGGAGGCCGAGGCGGGCGGAUCACGAGGUCAGGAGAUCGAGACCAUCCUGGCUAACACAGUGAAACCCCGUCUCUACUAAAAAUACAAAAAAAAUUAGCCGGGCAUGGUAGUGGGCGCCUGUAGUCCCAGCUACUCGGGAGGCUGAGGCAGGAGAAUGGCGUGAACCCGGGAGGUGGAGCUUGCAGUGAGCCGAGAUCGCACCACUGCACUCCAGCCUGGGCGACAAAGCAAGACUCCGUCUCAAAAAAAAAAAAAAAAAAAAAGAUUGAUUCCAUGGUUUUGCACACACAAUGGGGAGGGGAUGGAGGAUAACCUCAUGAAAGGUGCCAUUUUCGGGUGAAACUUGACAUUUCUUUUAUACUUUACUCUUUUGAGAAGGAUUCUUUUUUUUUUUGAGUUGGAGUCUCGCUCUGUCACCAGACUCGAGUGCAGUGGUGCAAUCUUGGCUCACUGCAACCUCUGUCUGCCGGGUUCAAGCAGUUCUCCUGCCUCAGCCUCCCGAGUAGCUGGGACUACAAGUGUACGCCACCAUGCCCAGCUAAUUUUUUUGUAUUUUUAGUAGAGAUGGGGUUUCACCAUGUUGGCCAGGAUGGUCUUGGUCUCUUGACCUUGUGAUCCGCCUGCCCGCUUUGGCUCCCAAAGUGCUGGGAUUACAGGCGUGAGCCACCGUGCCCGGCCAAAAAGGAUUCCUUUUUUAAAAGUUUACAGAACUUGGAGAAACUUCAGAACUAAAGACUAACUGAAAAUGAUGUCAUUACACUCAAAAAAAAUUUACAAUAGGGAAUCCUGUUGCCACAUAGUGUGGAAAAAUCAUGUCAUAUUUAAAUAUACCAUACUCUGAAAUGUGAGGUUUUUACCCAGUAGGCUGACAGUUUUGUUGCAACUUGCUCUAUUUUUUUUUUUUUUUUUGGUCCCUAUAGCGUCUUUCUAGAAAAAGAGGCAAACGUGCCUUAAAAAGCCAGAGUGGCUCAUAAUAAAAGGAAUGCGCUAGAUACUUCAAGAAAAAAGCUAAGUUUAAAUGAACCAUGUGACCUCUGAUAAGUCACUUGAACUUGUGCCUUGGUCAGGUUCACUGUAGGUUUACAUAUGUAUGUAUGUUUUACACAACUCUUGUAAUUGUCAUUUGAGGGGUUUUGUUUUUGAGAGUUCUGCAUAAGAACAGAACUUUAUUAAGGAUUAGAGGGAAGAUACAAAUAUUACUGUGUUUAAUUGAUGUCUAAUUUCAUGUGGCUUAGCAGCAAUUAAUAACCUGAUUUAAGGUCUUUAUUCAGAAUGUUAAUUUGCAUUCUCUGCUGUGUCUAAUAUUCUUAAUAAUGAAGCUAAAAUUAACCCAUUUUAUUUAGUGAAUUAUCUAUUUAAUUUUACUUUGGCUAGUCUGGUAGCUUUAAGAUAGCAUUGUCUUAGCAAGGAUCAAAGUCCUAUCCAAAUAUAAAAAAUAUCUAGAAGUAUCUAAGAGUUCUUUUUUUCUAUUUACCUUGAUUAGGAGAUAAAAGUUUUAUCUGUUAGUUGCUUUUCCUUUUGGAAUUAUUGUGGAUUUUAAAACUUAAAACUUGCCUGCAAGUAUUUAUAUAAACAUUCAGGUAUAUAAGCCUUAAUUUCUGAGAUAAUUUAACUUUUGUUAUGGGAGGGAGGUAAGAGUGUAAAUUUUAUAUACAUGAAGGUAAGAUCUGAGUGUAAACUUCAUAUACAUGAAGUAUGAAUGGAAGGUAGAAAAAAAGUCCCUUUUCGCAUGUAAUCUCUUUAUCAAAGAAUUUUCUUUUGACACUUUACCACUGAAGUAUUUUUGUAAGUCCUAAAUUCCCAGCAUAUUAUGUUUCAUAUUUAUAUGCCAUCUUGCAAAUAGUUCUUGCUAUUUUAUUCAGAUUGCUGUUACACUUUAGAAAAAUUCCAGCUUGUUUACUUGCAUUUAUCAGUGAUGCCAACCAAGCUUUGACUGUUAACUUGAAAGCUUGCUUCUGAAAUGUUGGUGCAUUUUCAGGUGACCUCUUAUCUCUCUGAAAGUUCAUACCUAUUAGCAGGCUCUGUAAAUAUUGACAUACUUAGCUUUUAAUACAUUCUAUAAGUAAAUUUAUAGAUUUCAGAAUAACUUAAAAAAUUUAAUGGUAAGAAGGGGUGAUGUGUCGAAAACUCAUACUAAAGUAUUAGGUCACUUUAAAAAAAGUGAUAAUGUAUGAUUUAAUGAAAUCUUAAGAUUGAGUUACUAUUUAAAUUCACCAUUUCUGUUUUGGUCUUAUAAAGAGACCUUGGUUUAAUUAUCCAGAGGAAGUCCUCUUCACCUUUUUUUUUUUUUUUUUUUUCUUAGUUUUGCUUCUGGAAAGUGUUUUAUGAAGUUUUCUCAGUGAGGGUUCUUAAGAGUUUUCUUUGAUCUCUUUUCUCUCAACAGUAAAUUGAUGAUUUUAUAUCAGCUUUUUCAAUAAAAGAUGCAUUAUCAUUACUGGCUAUAAAUCAUCCUGGGGAGAUUUAUAACCAGGUUAAAAAUAAUGUCUUUUACUUCUCUCACCUUUUACUUGUGGUUCAGAUGCUCAGACUGUGCCUGUUUGCGUCGUGUCUGUUGCUCUGCCGCUUUCCAUGCAGGCAUUUUUAAUUUUACACAAUCCUAACAAUAUAUGGAACUCAUUCCUAUGAAUAUAUAAAAGGAGGCUUCCAAAAUUUUCUAUUAAAAUAUUUCAGGAUAAAUUAAGUGUUGAUAAUUUGAAAAAAUAAUUUCAAUGAGCUGCUUAUAGUAAAAAUGGUAGAAUGAGAAUUUUCAUUCUUUCACUGAGAAAUCUUUCUGUAAGAUUGGUUCAUAGAUAAAAUGAGACAAACUACUGUGUAUGAUAAAACACCUUCAGAGUCAUGCCUUGUUUUGUUUUAUUUUAUUUUAUUUUUUGAGACAGAGGUCUCGCUCUGUCGCCCAGGUUGGAGUGCAGUGGUGCAAUCUCGCUCACUGCAACCUCCACCUCCCAGGUUCAAGCGAUUCUCCUGUCUCAGCUUCCUGAGUAGCUGGGACUACAGGUGUACACCACCACGCCUGGCUAAUUUUUGUUGUUUUACUAGAGGUGGGGUUUUGCCAUGUUGGCCAGGCUGGUCUCAAACUCCUGACCUCAGGUGAUCCACUCCCCCCAGCCUCCCAAAGUGCUGGGAUUACAGGCAUGAGCCACCCCGCCCAGCUGAGUCAUGCCUUAUUUUCGUAGUAUACCAAGAAAUGUUCUAUGGAAGUUUAUGUUUUAACACCUCUUUUGUACUUGGUAAAAUUGCCUGUGUUUCGCUUUAUUCCUUUUUUUUUUUUUGAGACGGACUCUUGUACUGUCGCCCAGGCUGAAGUGCAGUGGCACGAUCUUGGCUCACUACAACCUCCGCCUCCUGGGUUCAAGUGAUUCUUUUGCCUCAGCCUCCCAAGUAGCAGGGAUUACAGGCAUGUGCCACCACACCUGGCUUAUUUUUGUAUUUUUAGUAGAGACAGGGCUUCGCCAUGUUGACCAGGCUGGUCUCAACUCCUCCGGGACUCCUCCUGUCUUGGCCUUCCAGGGUGCUGGGAUUACAGGCGUGAGCCACUGGAACCUGGCCUUGUUUUGCUUUAUUUUUUCUCUUACAUGAAGUAAAGCGCUUUGGUCAAACACACAAAAAUACUGCCUUGUACUGGUUGUUGGUUUCAUUAGUGGAUCACACACAGUGUUCUACUUGGCUUGUAAAAUGGUGCCUUGGAUAGGGUGAGUUUGGAUAAGUAUGUAUGUAUGAGUUAUAGCAAAAUUAAGUAGAUUGAAUCAAGUCCAUGCAAAAGCAAUAAAACAGGUAGUUUUAAUUUUUUGCUAGGUUCUUUUAAAAAAUGAUGUAACUUACAUGGAAGUCUUCACAGGACUUUUUUCUGUCCUGGAACUAUUGAAAUGUAAUUUAGGAUGAUUUGAUCUUCCAUCUCAAGUUGUCAACAUGGCUGUGUCAUUCUGGCUUACACAUGUUUUAUCUAACAAAAUUCUAGUCAAGGGAUAAGGGCAUAAUGAAGACAAGCUUCAGUUAUGAAAGUACAAACUAUGUGAUUAAUUUUUAAAAAUGACAUUAAGCCCAUUGUAAAAUAAUAUUUGCAGUCAAAUGGUUUUUCUUGCUGUAAGUCCUGUUGUAGCUAUGUUUAGGGUAGUGGUUCUCAUCUACUUUGGAGUGCAUAAGACUUACCUAGCAGGCUUGUUUAAAAAGUUCAGAUUCCUAGCUUUGUACCCAGGGAUUGCCUCAGGUGGUAUGGGCUGUGGUCCUGGAGUCAUCACUUUUAUAAAUAGUGGUUCAGAGACUGCAGAGAGAGACUGCUUCAUCGAAUGGGAAGUACCAAGGAGAAAGUACAAUUCAGUAUUGUCUGGAGGCAAGUGGACACUUUGUACCUGAGGUUUAGAAUAGGUGGUCUCUUGCCAGUACAAUCCCCAGGCGUUUUCUGUGUUCAGAAGUAGUAAGAAUGCCUUUAAUUCAGAGGAUUAUCUAAGCUCCUUAAAGCUGUUUUUCUCCGUUGUCAUAGUGCCUUCUCUGAAAAAUGAAUGUACAAGUAUCCUAUAUUCUAACAUGUAAUUAGGAUUUUUUAAAAGCAAUUUUUGAUAGUUUUUCUUUUAAAAAGUAAAAUUCAGCACUGUGACUUGAACCCCCAAAUCUUUCACAUACAGGUGAAACAUUAAGCCACAAAUAAAAAUAAUGAACAAGAAGGAAGACAAGAUCCUAAUUUCUGUCAUUAGUGACCUAAGUACCCCAUAUCAGAAACUUUGCAAAACAGAUCUAGGGACAGAAGGGCUUUGAAAGACAUUUUUCUUUGGGGCGAAUUUCGUGUGCCAGAACUACAGUUUAAAUGUGUUUUUAUGAGCAAGGGAAGGUAGCAUUGAUUCCCAUAGCUUUCUAAUUAGAUACAUGCUGUCAUGGAUGUAAGCCUUAAAGGAGUUAAUAGUAAUCUUGUACAUACACAAAUUUUCCUCAGGUUUUUUUAUUUUAAAAAAUGAUUUGUUAAAAGUACUUUCUGCUAGACCCUUGCCUUUGAGUGGCUUUGAAAUUUAAUAUAGUUUUUAAAAAGUGCAAUGGGAUGAGAUUAUGCUAUUAGUAUAUUAAAAGCAUGUUUCUGUUUUACUCCAAUUUGUAAGAUCAUUUAAUGGAAUAAAGAUCACAACACCA